UCGGUCAGGCAAUUCGUCCAGACCUUCAAGAGACGGGGCCUACCGCUGCACAUCUUAGUCAACAAUGGUGAGUGACACACAAUCAACCAAUCAGCCUGCCGACUUAACCACUUGAUAUAAGACUUAAAUUAUUCAAUUAACUGUGUCUAACUAUUUGUGUGUGUGUGUGUUUGCGCACACGUGCAGCGGCGGUCAUGUUGGUCCCUGAGGGUCGUACAGAGGAGGGCUUUGAGCGUCACUUCGGGGUCAACUACCUAGGUCACUUCCUGUUGACCCUGCUGCUGUUAGACACAUUAAAGCAUUCUGGGAAACGCGGUUCCUGCUCACGUGUUGUCACCCUCUCCUCGUCAGCUCACGGUGCUGGAGAGAUACAACUAGACAACCUGCUAAACAGGUACACACACACACACACACACACACACACUAGUGGGGCGCGGGUCAGCUGUUUGUUCACCCGCACCCACUCGUAAUUGCUAAUAACCCAUCCGCAAUCACCCGACUAUAUGUGAUAAAGGGAAAAUCUGAGGCACGCACCCGACCCUAACCCGCUAAUAUAGAAAAUGCGCUGCAGGCUACAGUCAGAGAAGGCGUAAUGAUUUUUUUUCACAAUCCUUUUGCCUGAUUUUAGAUAUGUUUCUGCUUACAAUUUCAGACGUUUUGGUAGGCUAUUUGUCAGUAAACUUGUCUAUAAUUAGAUAGACCUACAUGCAGCUUCUCUUCUGUCAUUAUGUUGCCCUAGAAGACUGAAUAAACCCACCAGAAUAAUGGCAUAUUAAAAUUAAUAGAAUGAAUGCUUCAAUCUAGUUGACAUCGCUAAAGUUUUCUCUGUCAUCUCUGCUUCUUUCGCAGAGCAAAGACGUUUAGGGACCGGGGAGAAAAUGCAAUAACUAAACAAAAACGGGAACGAUUUGACCUGUUGUAAGGAAAUAGAAAGCUGUGAAAAUGACCCAACAUGUUUCUGAUAGGAUUUCAGUUUGGCUUGGAUUCAUAUUUUAUUUGGUUGAAAUACUAUCAGCUUUUAUGAUGCUGAUAAAGAUAGCACCUCUACAGACGGUAUCUAACUGCACAUUCUCAUUCUCUCAAGAUGCUGAAAUAAAUAAAUCAUAUUUCUCCACUCCUGUUCCCCGAGUCAAAAUUUCAUUUUAGUGCAAGAAAUGUUUAAUUCUGCAGGAGUUAAUAUUAAGGCUUUGUGAGAGGUUAUAGACCUACAGUCAGUGUCCAGAUUUCAGUUUCCAUUUAACCCAUCUGAACAGUAGGCUACAGUUCCCUUGACGUGCCAUAGGCCUAUUUGAAGUCCCGUCUUAUGACUGUUGAAUUUGUAUAGCGCCUCACAAUCAUCCUCUUUUACCACUUCACCAAAUCUUUCCCAAACAUGACUUUUCUGGCCCUCCCUUCUCUUUAUUUUCCACUCUCCAUUUCACAGCUUUUCUCUUAUUGAAUUAAACUCUGACAUUGUCCUUUUUGCCUACGUUAACUGUUUAUGCCCGUUCCCAAAUGCAUUUGGCGAUUGGCGUGUAGACUAUUUGGCGCGUGUACAGUUAGGCCCUAAAGCUUAGGCUUACACAUUAAUGCCAAAUUGCCUAAAAUUAUGAAAGAAAAAAAUUAAUGUAGCCUAUAGAUAUAAAUUGCACAAGAAUUAUACAUUUAUGGGUUUUUUAAGGUAUUGUUUUCUCUUUAUUCAACCCACCCGCCCUUCAUCCACACAAUAUUUCAUGACCCUAAACCCGCCCGCCUCGCGGAUAUAACCGUGGGGACUACGGGUUAUGAGUCAACCCGCGCAUCACUAACACACACACCCUCCUCUCCUCAACCUACAUGUACACACACACCCUCCUCUCCUAACUUCCUCACACUUUUUCAACAUCUUUCUCUUCCCUCUCUUUAGGCAGUGUUAUUCAGCCCAUGCUGCGUACUGCCAGAGUAAGCUGGCACUACUAUUAUUUUCGUCCCACCUGCAACAGAGGCUGGAUAGAGGAGGGUUUUCAGUGAGCUCAUGUGCAGUGGAUCCUGGGAUGGUCGACACGUCACUCUACCGCCACCAUCUUCCCCCCCGCCCGCCUCGCACAGACAGCCAUUGCACGCCUGCUCUUUAGGGUACACACAAACACACACACACACACACACACACACACACACACACACACAGUACUAAUCGAGUAUUGGCAAUUCCACAGUAACAGAAUGAUGCUGAGACUCAGAUGUUUCACUUUAAAAUGUAUGUCAAAAACCAGGAUCUCCCGAGUGGCGCAGUGGUCUAAGGCACUGCAUCGCAGUGCUAGCUGUGCCACUAGAGAUCCUGGUUCGAAUCCAGGCUCUGCUGUAGCCGGCCGCAACCGGGAGACCAAUGGGGCGGCGCGCAAUUGGCCCAGCGUCUUCCAGGGUAGGGGAGGGAAUGGCCAGCAGGGAGGUAGCUCAGUUGGUAGAGCAUGGCGUUUGCAACGCCAGGGUUGUGGGUUCGAUUCCCACGGGGGGCCAGUAUGAAUAAAAAAAAAAAAGAAUAAUGUAUGCACUAAAUGUAAGUCGCUCUGGAUAAGAGCGUCUGCUAAAUGACGUAAAUGUAAAUGUAAAGUUAAACAAACCAUACAAGGACUACUUUCAACAAUUUCCACUGAACAUUUUAUAUAAACACAUUUACUGUGCAAAUGCACAUUUACUGAACAGUGCAGAUGCAAAGUUUGGUAACAGAAUGACGGUUUGUGUUGUUGGUGCCAUCAUUCUGUUACCAAACUUUGCAUCUGCACUGUUCUUCAAGGAAAUGUGUUUUUGUAAAAUGUUCUGUGGAAUUGUUAAAAGUCAUCCUUGUGCAUAGAGUUGUAUGGUUUGUUUAACUUUGCAAUACUUGGUUUUUGUUUGGCAUUAAUUUAUAAAGUGAAAAAUCUCAGCAUUAUUCUGUUACCGUUGAAUUUCCCGAAUCUGACGACUGUGAAAGUUUUCAGAAGAAAUCGGAACGAUUUAUUCAAGAAGUGAAUUACAGAAUAAGUAUCUUAAAAUGUGUCAUGUGGCAUUUCAGUACCAUACUGACUUCAGACUCUAUAUUUAGGCAGAGAGAGAGAAAGAGACAGAGAUGAAGAGAAAGAGAGAUGAAGUGGGAAAACUUGCCAGGCUUAAGAAAGAUAAGAAUGUUCAGAAUCUCCAUAAGAUAUGCAUGAAUCAAUCUCCCAUGACUCUCAGUCAUUUACAUUUACAGUUGAGUCAUUUAGCAGACGCUCUUAUCCAGAGCGACUUACAGUUGUGAGUGCAUACAUUUUGGUAGUUUUUGGUACUGCUCCACCGUGGGAAUGGAAGCCACAACCCUGGCAUUGCAAGUUCCACGCUCUACCAACACACACACACAGACACACACACACACGUACGUUCCAUCUGAAAAUGAAAUGUUAAAACAUUUGCUGCUUGCUAACUAAAUAGUGCUUGUUUAUUUCAGUGGGGUUAUUUUAGAAUGUGUUGCAUAUCUUAAAGCCUUGGCCUGGAGGCACUGUUAAUGUCUGGAGGUUGGGAUGGAAGGAGACAGCCCUGUGUGUGCUGUUUGUGUGAGAGAGAGUGUAAUCACUACAGGCAGUUGCCUCAGUAAAUGACCUUUAGGGAGCCUCUGCCGUGCAGCUACAAAUGCACCAUUAAUCACAGGCUCCUCAGCGCUAUCACAUUAAUACACACACACACACACACACUGUUUACCAUAGUCUCAUGUAGAAAUAGGUUGAAAAGUCAUGUUGUUGUAGAAAUACUGUAGGCUUUUGUUGUGAGGCUGUAGAUCUAGCUGUAUCUUAAUGCCUGUGAAGCACUGCUGGUUGUGUGUGUUUAUAUAACAGCCUCUUUGGGUGUGUGUGUGUGUGUCCGUGUGUGUGCGUGGCUGGGUGCAUGCGUGUGUAUAACAUUCUGACAGUUUGUGUUGUGUCCCCAGAGCCCGACCCAGGGAGCAUCCACGGUCCUCUACACUGCUCUGUCUCCGUCUCUGGAGGGGGAGGGAGGAGGCUACUGGAGCAACGGGCGCACAGAGAUGACAUCACCAAACACCUACGACCCCCAGCUCCAGCUCGGCCUCUGGGACUCCAGCUGCAGACUAGUUGGCCUGCAGGAGCAGCACCAACCAUGA